CCUCUCUUAAAAGUCAUAGCUGUUGGUUUAUCUUUCUCUCUUUUCUUUUCUUCAUAAAUUUCUCCUAUCAUCACUUUUCCAGAGACACCCCUUUCGCCGCUACACGGCCGUUCUGUUCCCUCGAAAUACUCGGUGAGAAUGAUGGUGAUGAUGAUGACUGAUAGAUAAGUGUCGUUGGCAUAUGAAAGGACACCAUGAAUGAAUGAAAAAAAAACUGGAUGAACCGAGCUGGAAUACCUUUGCUCAUAGGUCUGCUCGAUCACAACCGACUUGGGCCUACCUACACAACAAAUAUCGUCCCUCUUUCUGUUUUCAAGUAUAUCUAAAUAAAAAAUCUUUCACCUUGUGCAGGCCUCCGUCUUCUUCUAUCACUCUUUCACCAGUAUUGUCUUUUAUACCACUUGCCUAACUUUUAAAAAUUUCUCCUCUUCCUACACCUUUGUCGUCUCUUUUCCCUCCCUCUCUAAUUAUCUAUCUAUCUAUCUCCUCUUCCUCUGUAACUUUGUCAUCAGCGCACCUCAUUCAAUAUUUCUGUCAAACUAGUUUGUCUUCCUCCCCUUCCUCCCUCUCCCACUCAGUGUCACUUUGUUGCUUUCUCCACUCUUUCCCUCCACUAUUCAUCGCUCCGUAUUUAUCUUUCUUUUGCUUUUUUCCUCCUACCACCGUGUCAGCUCCCACUCCCACCACCAUUACUACUACUACUACUACCACUACCACUACCACCACUGUUUUGAACUUUUUCUGCCAUUAACAAAAACAAACUUUAUACUGCUCGUAAUGGUAUCGAAACCGUCUCUAUUUACUCACGGAACCUGUUGUCCAGACUCCGUUCCACCGACACCAAUCCACCAGUUAUCAUCAUCACCAUCAUUCUCACCGGUGUCAGAUGAAGCUGCUUACAAUGAAAAGUUUGGAUAUGGAGAGAAGCAGAUUUCCAGCGCUGGCCUGGAAAUAACCCACAAUGGAAAUUCGGAAAUGGAACAAAGCACUAAAGAUGGAAACAGUUCUAAAGUGCCACAUCGGAAUAAGCGAAGAUCUAAAACUUCAUCUGUCCUGAAAUGGCUUUCAAGGAAAUUUCAUUUAUCAUCUAAACGUAUUGAGGAAGACUUUGACAGAGGUAUUUGUCCUUCCCAUAAAAACACAGACACAUUAACACAUAUCAAACACAACUAUCCUAUAAAAGCUAGCAGUACUGGAAACUUAUAUUCUGCUUCUGUGAAUAGCUAUUUAGGUGAAGUUUCGGACUAUGUAAAUAUCGGUAAACCAGAACACAGAAAGUCUGUUACAUUAGAACCUGUUCUGUUAUCAUAUAAGUCAUCAAACCAUUUAUCAGACUUUGAUAAUCAUAAUUUAAGGAAUUUUAGUUCGUGUGGAACAUUUGAAAUGUGCAACAGUGCGGAGGGCAAUACACUCAUGACUUUCCAAACUAAAUUAGUUGAGGGUGAGAGUGAUGUCCUUCCGCAAAGUGAUAAUCCUUCUCUGUUACCCCACGACUCUGCUGUGACUACAAAGAGCCAUUCUGUGACAUCAAGACUUUCUGAAGAAGCUGCUAUUAAAAUGCUCCCUUCUGAAUUCCCCACUGAUCCAGUUUCAGAAAGAAAUAUGCCCCAUGCAGAAAAAUGUAUCAAAUUUCUAUCAGAACAUAAUUUUAAUGAACAAAGCAAACAAAUUUCAAUUGCUCAAACUGAACGGAAAAUGCAAUUGUCUGUCUCACCUGUUAUAUCAAAAUACCCUUCAUCAAGUAGCCCUAUCAGCAGUUUAUGUAGCACUGAGUGUGAUUCAGCUAUUGAAACUCUUAGUCCUGACGAGGAAUGGCCAGAAAUGAAGCCACACCUUGACAAAAUUUUACCAAACAAAGACCCAACACACAAAACCACCAAUACGGCACCACCCCUUGUUGUAAUAACAGACUAUGGAGACUCAACGAAUGACCCAGUUGAGGUUUCUCAUUUAAGAGGCUGCUGUGACCCCUUGAAUGCAAGUGGUCGGAAACUUUCUAACUGUUCUGUAGCAUCAGAUGUAUCUGAUUACUCUACAAUUUCAACAUGUAGUUCAAGUGAGGAGUCAUCACCUAAGUAUCAUUGGAAGAAAAUCAGAAGUGCAGUUACUUGGAGCCCUUUCUUGCAACAACUGAAGAAAAGGAAAUAUCCAUGGGUCCAAUUGGCAGGUCAUCAAGGCUGUUUUCAAGCUGGAGAACAUGGAACAAUUCUGAAGAAGCUGAAUACAAACGAACAAAAAUGCUACGAGGUACUGGAAAAUGACAAUUUGACAGCAUUUAUUCCUGCAGCUCGGGGUGAAGUAGUCAAAGAAAAUGGUGAAAAAUUUCUUCAACUGGAAGAUUUACUUGCUCCUUUUGACUCUCCUUGUGUGAUGGAUGUAAAGAUGGGAAUUCGGACAUAUUUAGAGGAUGAGUUGAAGAAGGCCAGAGAAAACCCUAAACUUCGCUCUGAUAUGUAUGAGAAAAUGGUUGAUAUUGACCCAUCUGCACCUACUCCAGAAGAACAAGAAUUAAGAGCAAUCUCGAAACCACGGUAUAUGCAAUGGCGAGAAAACAUAAGUUCGUCUUCCUCUCUUGGAUUCCGUAUUGAGGGAGUGAAGAAUUCUAACGGCGUCUCCAGCAAGGAUUUCAAACGUACUCGAACUUGGGAACAGGUGCAAGAAGUCUUCCAGGACUUUACUAGCCACAAUAAAGCCAUCAUGUCUCAGUAUGUCAGUCGACUGAAGGAGAUACGACCUGCAGUUGAGAAUUCCAAGCUAUUUAAAGAUCAUGAGGUCAUUGGCAGCUCGUUGCUUUUCGUUCACAAUAGUUUGGGCAAAACAGGAGUCUGGCUUAUCGACUUUGGCAAGACGACACCGCUCCCUAAGAACAUUGUGACAAAUCAUCGCAACAAAUGGGUUGAAGGAAACCACGAAGACGGCUAUUUGUUUGGUUUGGACAACCUGAUCUCACUGAUGGAAGAACUACUCGUCUAACAGAUGCUGUUUUUUUUUUUUGUAAUGAGCGUGAGAAACAUAACACACAUGCACUUCCAGUGAAAACUGUCUAUAUAUAUAUAUAUAUACUUUUAUUCCUGGUCUACCUCCUAUCGACUACCUCUUCGUCAAUUACGUCUGGGCUUUUCUUCACAUCUAAUUUGGUGUGUUCAGUCAUAGAACAAUGCAUUAUUUCUUUAUUCAUACCAUUUACAUCUUUCUGUUUGUGAUAAGAUGUCAAAGUUAUAAAGCCCAGAGCCUAGAAAUAUAUGCUGCACAUUAUACUCUAUGAAACUAGUUUCUGUGCAUCUUAAAAGUGUAGGUAGAACACCUUAUUAGCUCUCUCUCUCUCUUUCAGUUGACACCAACAUAAAACAAAGUUUGUCUUCUUCUGCUAAUGUACUCCUUCUCUCUAACAAGGUUAGCAUCUCUCACCUGAUGUAUGUUGUACCACUUCAUUGCAUUUACAUUUAGCCAUAGACUGUCUGUUUAAUUUUCCCAACUUUGCCACAAGGAAACAUCUUUAGAGCUGAUAAUGUAAAUUUUUAUCCUUUAACAUUUUGCCUCUAUCUUUUAACAUGCACUCUUGCACAUCUUCAUUGACACAUAUUCACAUUUACUCAUAAACAUAUUCAUAGGCAUAUGUCUAUCAUCAUUCUCCUUAAUAUUUUUAAAUCCCUGCAUUUUAAUUUUAUCUGAAAUGUCAUACACUUAGACUGGCAUCAUAAUAUAGUUUUCCAUCUGCAGUUUGAUGAAGAUUUAAACAUUUAAGUAGCUUGAAUGAGGAUUAUUUCCAAAGCUAGGAUUUAUUAAAAAGAAAAAAAUGUUUUUCUGGAUUGAUGUGGCAAUUUCUGGAGAAACAUUUCUCUAAGUUUUAAUAUAAGAUUUCUAUGAAAAGAAAAUAUAUUUUAGACUUUACUGAAAUUAACAAUUAACUUUAUAUUUCGUAGUACUUCAAGAAUGAAUGGAUACAAAUUCUUAAUAAGGAAUUAAUAUUUUAGUUCUGAAACAUUUGAAACAAUUUAAAAUAUUUAAUUUUUCUUGAUUUUUCAGUUAAAUCUAUGUCUUUUAUAUUUAUUUAUUAUUUUUUUGUCAUUUUUAUAGAUUUUUAUUCAAAUACCUAAACCUUACAAAAAUAAAAUAGAAAUUUUCCAUCAUGAAAAAUUUCAUCACCUCAACUCUGAAGUUGAGGUAUAAACCACAGAAUAAUUAGUGAUGGAAAGCGCAUCAAGCUGUAGAAUCAACUGCAUUAAUAUUGUGUGUUCUUUAUUUAUGGAUGAAGAAUACCAUUGGUUUCAUGUUAAGGGAAAUCCCUCGGCAAUCCUCAAGCCUGUCACAUCGAACAUUGGUGUUCAUCUCCAUUUUAGUGCUUUAAUCCAAAAUGGAGAUGAACACCAAUGUUCUAUGUAGAAGGCUUGACUUCCUUUAACAUGAAACCAAUGAUAGCCUUAACCCCUGUAUAUAUAUAUAUAUAUAUAUAUAUAUACACACACACACAUAUAUACAUACAUAAAUGCAUAUUCUAAAUGUAUAUCUAUAGUGGGCUUUCCUGUUGUGCAUGUGCAGUGUCUUGCUGCACAACCUGCACAAAUGACUUGCUUUUAAGGAUCAACUGUUUGUGCUGUACAUUAUUAGCUCACACCUUCCAUCAAAUUGCCUGUACAGGUGCACAAUGUGGUAUACAUAAAAUGUAGAAGUGAUUGCAGGGCAAUGUGAGAUGAAGUGUUUUGAUCAAGAACACAAUGUACCACACUGUCCAGGAAUUGAAACCACAAUCUUUGCAAUCAUGUGUGCAACACCCUAACCACUGGGCCACACACGCAUUCAUUAUGUACCUUGAUCAUUGGCUGAGGAAACCAUGAUUCCAAGAAAGUAUUCAGUGUCUUAUAGAUGCAGAGGUUGGUAUUUGUUUUAUUAAGCAGGUGAUGCCUUACAAUUGUCUAAAUAUAUUCGUGUGUUUCUGUGUGUGUGUGUGUGUGUGUGUAUAUACACACACAUACAUACAUAUAUAUGUAUGUCUGUAUAAGAUAUAAAUGUAGCAAUUUGUAAACAAUUCUACUCAUGCUAGCUGGGAAAAGAGAUAUAAUUAAAGCAGUUACAAAAAGAAAAAGAAAAAAAAAUGGAAAAAAAAAGACAUAUAAUGUUUUUUUGGGUUAACAAAUACAUUUCGUUAUCUGUUUUACAUACGAUUAAUCUGAAUUUUACUUUUGCCUUUUUCAAAUGCUUUGGCAACGUCUGUAGUCGUUUUGAAUCCAUCAGCAAUUUCACCCAAUAUCUUUCUGGCAUGUCUCUUUGUUCAGUUAACUGCUUAUUCAUUAUUAUACAGACAUAUUUAUUUUCCAGUUAUUAAUUCUUCUUCACUAUCUUAUCAAUUUAUAUAAAUUUCUGAUAAAAAUGCAAAUGAAAACCAACUGCAGAGAUUUAGAGAUUUUUCAGUGGUCUUUCUCUCUUUUUCUCUCUCUCUUUCUCUCUUUCAUUUUCUAUUUUACCAAUUUCUAAUAUCUUCUGUUGGUGCUGUCAAAGAAACGUUCUUAUAUUGACUUGCAUUUUCUCAUGAACCACAAUCUUAUAAUUAACAUCAGCCUCUCCAGUUGAAUCCUGUACCAAUCCUAGUUACUUAAGCUGCAAUGAUUUGUUGUGAAACAUGUUCAACGCUGCAGUUAAGUGCAGCUAAUGCCGAUUCUAAACCCUUCUCUUUCUUCCUCUCUAUAAAACGUGUUUCUGAGAUGAUACAUCUUAGAUUAUAUACAUCUCACUCUAUCACUGUCUCACUCUCACAUUCGCACAUAAAACACAAUUUACUACGAGUGUAUAUAUAUAUAUAGUUUUAAAUUAUUUCAUUCAAACUUGUUUUGAAUCUAAAGAGUUGCUGCUAAAUGACUCCCUAAAUAUCUGUGAUGGAGAAUAAUAGGGACAAACUGUUUUUUUUUUUUGUUUUUUUUUUUUAUUCUAUCUAUUAGGAAGCAAACUUGUCUGUGAUGUUCCUAUUUUUAUCUCCACCUUAACAAGGUGAUGACAAACUGUGACAACAGUUUUGAAGAUUGGCAUGGAGGAAUGAUCAUUUCAGUAUAUUCCACAGAAUUUUCUCUGCUCCCUACUACUAGCACUACUACUACUACUACUACUCUUUCAUCCCCAUUCAGCCUCAUGUUCAGAUUGUCACAUUUAACAUUCCAAAUAUUGCAUCCCAAAUCGUUUUUGUAUUUCAUUUGUUGCUGUGUGUGUUUCCCCACAUUGUGUGUAAGAGCACAAGAAACAGCAAAUUGAUAUUGUAAGUAUAUGUUUCCAAUCUUUGUUAAUGUAAACGUUUAAGCACGACACAUACCAUUGCAUACAUCCCUAUACGCUCCAUCUUCAAAGACAGUGUUUGAUUAUUACUUAUCCUUACCAUCUUCAUAAUAAUCCACAUCAUACUGCACUCAAAUAUGCAUAUCCAUACAAGCAUACACGAGCAUGCAUUAGAAGCGUUCCGUGUGUCCUUAUUAUGAGAAAAAAGAUUAUGUUGAGCUUAAGACUUCCUAUUUAAAACUGUUGAAAAAAGGAGAUAAGAAGAUUUUCGAUUAGCUUUAUCCUGCAAAAUAUUACUGUUACUACUUUAGAAAGCUCUUACUAUAUGUAAAUGUAUAUAUAUAUAUAUAUAUAUAUAUAUAUAUAUGAUGUAAACAUACAUGCAUAUAUAUAUAUCUGCAUACAUGUGAGAUUUUCCAUGUGUUAUAUCACUUCAAUUUUAUCAAGAUUGAAAUUUUACUGUAUUUGAGAAUUGUAUAUUACUUGAUUUAGUUGCUCGGUCUUUUUCUCAUACCAGCUGCACUACUACCACCCUCUUCAACCAGAUGCUCUGCUGGCUGCAGUUGCAAGGGGUAACCCUGUGUCUUCAUGAAACUGAAAAGCCCACUUCUUUAGUGGUCUAACCACAUGGUCUGGUUUAUGAGAAAUCUCGGUGGAAUAUCAACGGUUCAUAGUAAUUUGGUGGCUUUCUUACCACAUGUCCUAACUAUUUCAGUCUCAUUCUCCUUAUUACUUUGAUAAGACUGUAAAUACCACAUUUCAAAUUCUUCUAGUUUUUGUCUAUCUUCAGAUUUUAGGGUCCAUGCUAUUGAAACGUAGGUUGCAAGUGUGAGAAUGUGGGCAUUGUAUAGUGUAACUUUGAAUCAAUAGUUGAUAUACUAGCAGUGAAAUGACUAUGAAGUUAAGGUAUAAGUCACAUUUCUGGGUUUAGAUUAUCCAGUAAAAUAUUACUGCUGCUACACAUUUCUUGGUCCUCCAAAUGCUGUAAACUCAUUUUGAAGAUGUGUGAUCCAUUUGAUACUAUACUAUUAAGAAACACAAACUUUGUGACAUCUACUUCAGAACCAUCUAUUAUUACUAGAUUCUAGGUCAGUACUCUGCAACCGGUAUGCCGUGUCAUGAAACAGUGCUAGGUGUGCCACAGUGUAACUUGAAUAUAAAUUUUCCCCUAUGCUUUUAGUUCUAUUUUUAGUUUAGGUGUGCCAUUAAAUUUUGAAAAGAAUAUAAGUGUACCACAAGUGAAAAAAGGUUGCAGAGCACUGUUGGUGAUUAGCACUCGCACUACACUCCGGUUAUUUUCAUGUCCUACUUCUUUUUUACAUGGUUUGUUUAACUGCUUAGAGAAUAGUUUCAGUUUUCCAAAGACUAUAGAUAUCAGUUUUUAUGUCAGCAGCAUAUUUAAUGCCUGUGGAGAGGACAUCUGAUUGGCAGACUUUUCAUAUAAGUUUUUGAGUUCCACCAUCACAAAAUUGAGUAUGUUUCAUUGGAGAUAACAUGCAACCUUGUCUCAGAUUUUUAUUGCAUCUCAACCCAAUCCAGCAACUGAUCAUCCAUGUUCACUGCACACUUGGUAUUAUUGUCUAGUGCUUUUCUUGUUUGCACUGUCUUGAAGUCAAGACUUAUUGCUGUUAUCAUUUUGCAUAGGGCCUUCUUCCAGAUCAUAUCAAGGCAGCUUUAAGUCAAAACUGAAGUUUAAUAGAAAUGCUGAUAAUCUUUGAAUUGCUCUUCAAAACUAUCUCCAAAAUGUGUUUCAAAAAUUGCCCUGUGGUCUUUGAAACAUAAAAAUUACAUAAAUGAUCUUUGUUUUAAAGAUCAUUUCAAAAUACUGUAAUUAAGGAAUUAAUGCAGAAAUUACUGUUAAUUCCUAUGUGGGAUGAUUAAAACACCUUUACAAAUCAAUCAAUACAGUAAAAUUAAAUAUGGAAAAUUUUAGCUAACAAAUGUCCCUACUGUUUGUUUAACAAGGGUCCCUUUGAUGGAUUAACUUGAAAUAAUUAAUCUGACAAUAACUAUAUUGGCUGUAAGUCUAGGAUUCCAUUGGUUUGAUCAUAAUUAUACUGUAUAAGAAAUUGUUGUUAUUAUGAAGGACUAUGGAUUGGCAGGCUCACUUGAAAGUUGGACAAAAUACCUUGUGGUAUUUAGUUACAAUUCUUUAGUUUAAAUCUGAGUUCAAAUCCAGCCAAGCUCAACUUUGCUUUUAAUCUCUCCAAAUUUCUGGUCUUGUAUCUAUAUUAGAAACAAUUAAAAUUAUACCUAUUAAUUAGCAGGAAUGUUGUCUUGGGGUUAGGUGGCAACAAGUCCCUUUAAAACUAAAAAAAAACCCUUCUUAGGAUUCUGGCAGAAUAUAAGAUGGUAUUUUUCUGCAGGUCAACAAUGCAAAUCCCCAUUCCAAUAUCCUUCAGUCUCUUAGGUAUCAUUUUGGAUGUCGGGCUGAGGGCACCAGUUACCACAGGAACAAUUGUCUUCUUCCACAAUUUCUUCAUCUCUCUGACUAGGUCCUGAUAUUUAUCAAUUAUUUUCAUCUCUAAUAUCCUCUCUGAUAUCAUGCAGAAUAUAAGAAUAUAAAAUUCUUCUUAUUUUUAUUGUCGUCAUGUUUAUUGCUGUCCUUAUUUAGCAAAGGUAGAGAUUUGAAUUGGAUUUUGUUCCGUUCUUCAUUGUUCUGCAUUCAAAGUUAUGCCAGAUUGAACCUUGCCGUUUAUCUAGGGAUUUUGACCUACUCCUUCCCCGCUCCCACUCCUUAUGGAACCAGCUUGGUUUUGUGCCUCAGUCAACUCUUCACUGUAUGGUUGGUUAUGUACAUACCAAAAUGACGAUGCUCUUAACGAGUGUCGCAUCACCAUCUCCAAAUUACCUGUAAAUAUUAAUUUAAAACGUUUUCAACAGUUUUUUUUUUCUGUUUUUUUUUUUAAGACAGAGUCGACAACAUAAUUGUUUUUGUACAAUAAGGAAACAAAAAUAUAUAUAAUUAAUUAAUCAUAUGUUAAAUGUAUGAAAUUCAUUCCCUGGGCAGUUAUGGAUUGUAUGUGUCUCUCACAUCUAAUUUAAGACAUCUGAUUUUUUUUUUUUUUCUUUUUUUUUUGCAACCAUUGAUCUUUCUUCAGUAAGUUGUUCCUGUUCAUAAUGUUUCCUGUUGGUGUCACUACUGCUGUUACUGCUACGACUUUUAAUCUUCCUUGUAAAAAUUAGCCUUAUACAAACAUCUCCAGCAACAAUUUUUCCAACAAGUUAAUUGUUGCGAAAACAAAUGUGUGUUAUACUAACUUAAUUUUUCAAAUGAUUAUGUUUGUUUUGUUAUUUACAUUUUUUUUUUUUACAUUUCUUUAUUGUGUGUGUAUUGUGUGGUUAUGAUGUAAUUUAAGCAUCAAUCCAUUCAGCCAGCGACAGAAAUUUGGUUAAACACGAUUCUGUACAUGUGUUAACAAAAAUAAAAUUUUUAAUAAAAAAAUACUAUAAAACUAAUAAAUAAAAAAUAAAAAA